GAUGGGGAAGGGGAGGGGGGGUAGAGGAUGGGGAAGGGGAGGGGGGGUAGAGGAUGGGGAAGGGGGGGGGGGGGGAGCCCUGGCGGCGGCGGCAUGUGUGGAGCCUGGUCUAUCGGCUGGGGGCGGGGCUGGGCGUGCCGGCGCUCAGCCCCGUGGUGCCGCUGGUGGUGGGCGGGGAGGGGCCCACGCUGCAGCUGUCGGCGGCGCUGCUGCGCGGCGGGGGCGGGGGGGCCGAGGGCGGGGGCGGCGGGUUUGGCACGGGGCGUGUGUGUAUGCACGUGCCCGCCAUCCGGCCGCCCACGGUGCCGCCGGGCACCUGCCGGCUGCGUGUCAGUCUGACGGCCGCGCACUCGGCGGCGGAUGUGGAUGCGCUGGUGGCGGCGGUGCGGGGCUCGGGCGUGUCGUUGCUCACGCUGCCGCAUCUGCUGGAGCCGGCGGCGGCGCUGCCCGGCGGUUACGCCCGUGGCGGGUGGGAUGGAACGGGGGAGGUGCCGCUGACGGCGGCGCAGCUGGCGGCGGCGGGCGCAACGGCGGUCGUCCUGGCGGGCGCGACGGCGCGCAGCCGGCUGUGAUUGUUAGGCUGCUGAGGGGUGUUUUGGGGCCGAGCCCUGCGGUUGACAAUUCAUGGGUGUUACAACCCAAACCGUGGGCGGCUGUGCUCACACGAUGUAAUAUAUGCCAAUAUUGCAGAAGAGCGUAAGGGGCACAAGGACCAAGUAAGGCCAAGCGUAUGACGUACGGAGGAGAACCAGGGGGCAGGAUCGAUCAGAUACCGUACUCAGAG